AUGGCCGUUCUUGCCAACGGAGUGUCCAAAGGCGACACCUUUCUCUUCACGUCCGAAUCUGUGGGUGAGGGUCAUCCUGACAAGAUCGCCGACCAGGUCUCUGAUGCGAUCCUCGAUGCCUGCCUUGCAGUCGAUCCUCUGUCGAAAGUGGCUUGCGAGACUGCCACCAAGACUGGUAUGAUCAUGGUCUUCGGCGAGAUCACGAGCAAAGCACACCUCGACUACCAAAAGAUUGUCCGUAAUGCCAUCAAGGAUAUUGGAUACGACAGCUCAGAAAAGGGAUUCGAUUACAAGACCUGCAACGUACUCGUCGCCAUAGAAGAGCAAUCUGCCGACAUUGCCCAGGGUCUUCACUACGAUGAGGCAAUGGAAAAGCUCGGGGCCGGUGACCAGGGGAUCAUGUUUGGCUAUGCUACUGACGAGACUCCUGAGCUCUUGCCACUGACCAUUCAACUCGCUCACAAACUCAACGCCGCCAUGACCACUGCCCGCAAGUCAGGCGAACUCCCCUGGCUGCGACCAGACACCAAGACUCAAGUCACGGUGGAAUACGCUCACGAUGGAGGCGCUGUCAAGCCUUUGAGAGUUGAUACGGUCGUCGUCUCCGCUCAACACUCCGAAGAUAUCUCUACCGAGGACCUGCGAAAGGAGAUUUUGGAAAAGAUCAUCAAGAAAGUCAUUCCCGCCAAGUACCUCGACGACAAGACCAUCUACCACAUCCAACCAUCUGGCCUCUUCAUUAUUGGUGGACCCCAAGGCGACGCUGGUCUCACCGGCCGCAAGAUCAUUGUCGACACCUACGGCGGCUGGGGAGCCCACGGUGGCGGUGCCUUCUCCGGCAAGGACUAUAGCAAAGUCGAUCGCUCGGCCGCCUAUCUAGCCCGUUGGAUCGCCAAAUCGCUCGUGAACGCUGGUCUCGCUCGUCGCUGCCUGGUCCAACUCUCCUAUGCCAUAGGCGUUGCAGAGCCACUCUCCCUCUUUGUCGAGACAUACGGCACUAGCACCAAAUCCAGUGCCGAGCUUGUUGACAUCAUCCACAAGAACUUCGACCUCAGACCCGGUGUCAUCGUCAAGGAGCUCAACCUCACCAACCCCAUUUACUUCAAAACCGCCAAGAAUGGUCAUUUCUCAGACCAGAGUUUCACCUGGGAACAGCCCAAGACUCUGAAGUUCUAG